CAGACUGAGGUCCUUCUACGGUGGGAAGAUCUCUUUGGAGAUGCAGAUACCCGGGGCGCGGGAUGCUGCCGUGCCCCUCCGCCUCGCGUCACCGCGGUUUCCGGGAACUCCACGCCCCCCGGGUCCUCCCCCGGCCUCCGGGUUCCGGAAAAGCGCAGCCGAGCGGGCAGAGCACGCGGGCCGGCCCGGGAGCAGCUUCAGCCGCCGGGCGGAGGGGAUCCGGGGCCCGGGCUAGAGCGGAGAGCCUUGUUCCCGGGUUGAUUCUCGCGCCUCGGGGCAGCGGAGCAGCGGAGCAGCGCGGGGCGGCGCGCGCGUGGCGGGACCUGCGCGGGCCGCGCGCGAGGGCGGGUCUGCGCGGCGGCGGCGGCGGCGGGGCGCGCAGAGGCCGUGCGCCCGGCAGAGGCGCUGGCUGCCGCGCGCGCCGAGGCACAAAGGCUGGUGUGCAGGCCGCCGGCGGAGGUGGCAAAAGGAAAGCGAAAGCCUCGGCGGGGCCCGGCGUGAAGGCUCCCAAGCGCUGCGCUCCCAACACCGACAGCUCCCGCGCCUGCCCUCGGGGGUCUGAGGGACCCAGCCCGGCGCGCCGCGGCCAUGGCCAUCGCGCACCUGGCCACCGAGUACGUGUUCUCGGACUUCUUGCUGAAGGAGCCCUCGGAGCCCAAGUUCAAGGGGCUGCGGCUGGAGCUGGCCGUGGACAAGAUGGUCACGUACAUCGCCGUGGGGCUGCCGCUGCUGCUCAUCUCGCUGGCCUACGCGCAGGAGAUCUCCAUCGGUACACAGAUCAGCUGCUUCUCCCCGAGUUCUUUCUCCUGGCGCCAGGCUGCCUUCGUGGAUUCUUACUGUUGGGCUGCCGUUCAGCAGACGGGCUCCUUGCAGGGCGACCCUGGAAUCCUCGCCCUGUGCCUACACAAGUUCUUCCCCUACAUCCUGUUGCUGGUCGCCAUCCUGCUCUACCUGCCCUCCCUGUUCUGGCGCUUUGCAGCUGCUCCGCACAUUUGCUCAGAUUUGAAGUUCACCAUAGAAGAACUUGACAGAGUGUACAACCGCGCCAUUAAAGCCGCCAAGAGCAUGUGUGACCGCGACCUGAGAGAUGGUCCCUGCGCAGUUCCCGGUUCUAAUGAGAACGUAGGACAAAGUUUGUGGGAGAUAUCUGAAAGCCACUUCAAGUACCCAAUCGUGGAACAAUACCUGAAGACAAAGAAAAAAUCUAAUAACUUGAUUGUCAAGUACAUCACCUGCCGGUUGCUGACCCUCAGCAUUAUAGUGUUAGCAUGCAUCUACCUGGGCUAUUACUUUAGCCUCUCCUCCCUCUCCGACGAGUUUGUCUGCAGCAUCAAGACAGGGAUCCUAAGAAACGACAGCACCGUCCCCGAUCGGAUUCAGUGCAAACUCAUCGCCGUCGGCAUCUUCCAGCUGCUCAGUUCCAUUAACUUGGUGGUUUACAUCCUGCUGGUCCCCGUGGUUGUCUACACGCUGUUUGUUCCAUUCCGGCAGAAGACGGAGGUUCUCAAAGUGUAUGAAAUCCUGCCCACUUUCGGUGUUCUGCAUUACAAGUCUGAAGGGUACAACGACUUGAGCCUCUACAACCUUUUCUUGGAGGAGAAUAUAAGUGAACUCAAGUCAUACAGGUGCCUCAAGGUACUGGAGAAUAUUAAACGUGACGGCCAGGGCAUCGACCCCAUGGUUCUCCUGACUAACCUUGGCAUGAUCAAGGUGGAUGCCGUCGACGGCAAAAAUCGCAAGCAGUCUGAGAUGACGGGAGAGGAGCAGGGGAACCAGACGGCAGAGCUCAAAGACAUAUUCUUUCCAUUUUGACAGAUUUGAAUGCACACAGUGAAACUAAAGCAAAUAAUGGGGAGCAGAAUGCUCGACAGAGACUCCUGGAUUCUUCUUGCUGAUGAUCGUUUUCAGGAACUUCAGAGCCGUGACUUCUGUGAUGUGGGAUUCAUUUUGGCUGCAGCGCUUCUGCUGGGCUUCAUCUGGUUCGCAGGAAAUGGCUCUUGGUAAUGGCGGGACACUACUUACAGAGUCCCUGAUGAAAAUGAUGGCCCUCCAAAUGCUGUAGGAGAGCCGUCUAUGCACUUCCUUUGAGAAGCGAUGCAGAGAUGAGUAAGCCGCAGCAAGUAUGUGAGCUCUCAUCAGAUGAAAAGGGAAGAGACUAAUCAGAGUAAGAGUGGUAGCCCUUUUUGUGCCUCAGAGCAACACCUUUCUGUACCGAUGGGGUGAUGAGACUCGGGAAAGCAUGGACAUGGGAGACUUGUUUUGUUUUGUGAAAUAAUAAUAAGCAUGUCAGACCACAACUCUGUGCACCUCCUACGUGCCCUCGGUACUGCUGGACAAGGAAAACGUUCACUGGCUGUGGACCCAGAGGCGGACCUGCUCUUGGGAGAAACUUGUCCUAAACUGGGAGAGACGCACACCCUGGCGCUCUCUACAUUGUCACCUGAGAGCCUUGGCCAGCCACACUAACCGCUGUUCGUUGCAGCUUGGUAUGCCCUUGUGCUGCUCUGCCUGACAAGUUAGUUUAUAAGACAGAGUCUAAAGGGUACUGAAUUGUAACUUCUGUGCCGGAAAGAAGGCUUCUGAAAGAGCCCUUGAGGAAAUCCGGACAUUCAGCACAGGUUGAUUCAGGCACUGUCCAAGGGGCGUUCACAGUGCAGUCCCUGUUAGCAAAAGCAUUUGAAACAGGGUGCUGCGUAAACAAACUUAACUGAACACAGAAUGUUUAAAAUGAGGAACGUUUUACCUUCUGUGAUCAGAACGUAUAAAUGACAGCUGCCAUACCGUGUGCCUGAAGCCAGCACAGGUUGGCAGUGUAUUUUAUUUAUAUUUAAGCACAUCUUUUACACAUUUAAUUUAGUGUCAUACGGUGUCAGAAUUGAGGCCAUUUGGGAAGAGCAUUCUAACAUUGAUGGAGAAUUAUAGAAUAAAUGUGACAAAAGGGUACCUAUUAUAAAUACAAGUGUUAUUUUGUAAACAUUUUCAAGCUAAGAAUAUAUAACAACUCUAACCAAUUCUGACCAUGUAAAGACAUCCUAACUAUGUUUACAUUUUAUACAAACUUUUAAAAAAUGACAUCUGUGGACCUCCCCAUUUUUAUUCUUAGAGAGUGAACACAUUGCUAAUGUAAGCAAUCCUCAGGUACCUCGAAGUUUACAUGUGGCUCUUAGGGACAGUGUUGACCUGAUGGAAUAACAGUUUUGUGAAGAACAAAAGUUAUAUAAGCUGCUCUUUGUCUUUCAAAAUACUCACAAAGGCAGGCAGGUUUCAUUUGUGCUUCUGUGAUGGUUUCUGAGAUGGAGAGCUAAUAAUAAAUAAUUAAGGAUGCAAUCUAUGCUUUAAA